UUCGGUGCUCGAGUUCCUAAGACGGGAUCAGCUUAUCUCUACAGCUACGUGACUGUGGGCGAGCUGUGGGCCUUCAUCACAGGGUGGAAUCUAAUCCUCUCCUAUGUUAUCGGUAAGUAUGGUGGGUGGGCUGCGGCACCCUAGAUUUAGUUCAAGGUGGCAGCCUGGUUUGUAAGGUUAGCCUUGUUUGAGUGUCUCUGCUACUGGUACAAAAUAGAUGCUUUACUCUUGCACUCACAGAGGAUUAUUUCAGGACUCAUCUGUGGGGUGUGUUGUUGCUGGCUCCUGUCAGUCAGCAAUGUGAGUGGUAUGCUACCGGCUGAGGGUUUGUCCUGAUGCAGGCUUGUUGCUGCUGUGACUUCUGAAUCUCCACCUCAUCCCUUUGGCAUCCUCUAGCUGCUGCACACUUGCCAGGGUGCAAAAACGUGUUCCCUCUGCUGAGAAAGGAGCUGCAGAUGGAAAGAUGUUUUUAUACAGAGCAUUUGUACUCACAGCUGAUCAAGGAUUAGUUCUGGUCCCUUUGGGAUCUAUUUAAAGUAUCUGGAGAUCAGAGUUUUGUCUUGUGAAUGGCUGCAGAAUUAAGCUUAGGAUGAUCUGCAGGUUCACAGUCUCUGGAAAGUACAAACCAAAUCCCUUCUAAGCCUUUGACUCCCACUAGGAGAGGCCCUGGAUGAAGCUCAGAACAUGCGCUGUACAAGUCAGCUGGUACAUUAAAACUAAGCCACACUUUGCUAAUUAAGGAUUCAUGUCUUUUCAAGCAUGUUCUGGGCAGCUUGCUUGUCAUCACGCCUGUAAUUAAGGCUGCAACCGACUUGCCAGUUGAGAGUAAAAGCUUACUAGUUAAAGUGAAAACUGAUCGUAUGCUAAAUUAAUAAAGGAAUGGGGUCUUUUUUUAGUGCAUUUUAUGGGAUAUGUAAGUAUUACUUUGGAAUUUAGUUUCCAUGGAAUUCACCUUCCCAUGGAGGGUAAGAUCAUAUCAAGAACGACAUAGUGGCUUAGCAGCUGUUUGUCUGGGGUCGUGCUGGCUCUGCUCUGUGUGUUACCUGAAACAUUUUCCUCCUUUCCUCCUCCUCUUUUUUAUUUUUCUCUAUUUUUUGUAAAAAAAAAAAAAAAAAAAAAAAAAGAGAGAGAGAGAGAUGAAAAGCCAGAGUCAUUAAACUUAUCUCCUUAGGAAAUCGGAGUCCUGCUGUUCUUUUGUGAAUAACAUUCACUGCAAGGAGGGGAUAAAAAUAAUUUUUUAAAAAAGUGAGCAUAUAAUUUCCUCCAGACUUCUAAAAUGGACUCUGCUUAGGCUACAUGUAGAAAAUUUGAACAGACUUCUUGGUGAUUUUUCUUCUGUUCCAGAAAGGUAAUGAUAAAUCGUCUCCUUCAUGCUCCUUAUCUAAUUGGUUUUGGGUCCCUUCCUACCAUGAUACUGGACGACCAAAAUGACUGACAUAACUGUGGAUGCUGUCCCAAAACCUGAUUCUGCAAAUGCACGAUGAAAAGAUUUGCCUACUAAAUAUUAUAUGCUCAGGAUCUGGGCUCAGAGUGGUAUUUCUGAGACUUUUUUUUUUGCCCUGUCAUAAUGGCUUUUGAAUGACUGCCUAAGUUUUUAUUUCAGAGUUGGCUGCUCAGUGUAUUAUCACAAGGCAGAAAAUUCAGUAAAAAUUAAGUAGAUCUGCUGAUGUGUUCAAACACAACUUUCUUGCUUUUAUUUCAAUCCUGUGUCAAAAAUGUAUGUUUGCAAACUGGCUUCCUCAUAGUUUGUGAGGAAGGGUGGCUAAGGAGGAAAAACAAUUGGGGGAGGAUAUGAGGUAUAGGAGGUCUCUAUCUUAUCCACCCUUUUUCCCAGUGCUAAUUGCCCCUCCUGUGAACAAGGACAACUCCCAGCAGCUUCAAGGGUGUGGAGGAGAAAGAUGUGUUGGCAGGCACAUGCUGCACUUCAGAGCCAGGGGUUGAGAGGGGCAGAAAGCCAAUUUUUUUUUCAUUUGUUCUGAGAAAAUGCCAAGCAGUGCCACUGAAACUGCAUCUCUAAGGGGCUCAGCCUGGUUGAUGUUUUUAUGCUGAAGUUCUCAGGCAUUUGUUCAGAAAGUAUUGUGGGGGUGGAAAAGAAAUCCUGAGAUCCCGGGAUGGGUGGCCAAUAGCUUUUAAUUAAUUGAAGUGACUUGGCUUGGGGAAAGGCUGGUAUGAGGUCCUGGAGGUGGGUGAAGAGGAAAAAAUGGGUGUGCAACUGAUCAGUUAAGAUCUAGACAGAAGGAGAAGGCGUCCAGGACCAAGAUCUUCUCUGAACUUUCUUCUGGGAUGAUGUGGGUUUGGGGAACCAUGCAAGAUUGUGGGAGGCAUUUCAGGAACUGGAAGCUGGUGGGUGCUGGUAGUAUGAUGAGUUUGAUGGGUAACAACAUCCCUGGUGAGUGGCUGCUGCUGGGUUUCUGGCACUUGGUGACUUUCUAGCCUGUCUGUGCCUGUUCCUGCUGUGAGUCUGGCACCCGAGCUCAGCAUUUCUCCUGGGGGUGGUGGGCUGUAGGCAGGAGCCAGAUCAAAUCUGGUGAGGUUAUACUGACACAGUCCUCCUGGGUACAAGUUGAAUGUGUUUGCACUGUGCUCUCUAGCAACAGCAAGAGAUUAUCCAGAUGUCUGUGAUGUUGGAAGAAUGUCGGAUUCCCCCUGCUCCCUCAAGGCUAUUGGUCACAGAGAGUUCAGGGUAAAUGGCUGAUAGCUACAUGGAACUGGCAUCCAAGCAACUGGCAUCUAAUAUAACACAUGCAGGAGCUGGUUGUUUCUGUCCUAGAACAUGAAAUAUUAGAGCUAGGACAAAAAAAUUAGCAUUAAAACAGUAUUUUUCCUCAAAUCGUGCCAAAGUUAAGCUGAAAAAUUGUAAUGUGGUAUACAAUAACUUUUGGAAUUUUUCAAGAUUAAAUCGAUGGCAAUGAUGUCCCACCUCAUUAAAGGUGUUCACGCUGUGCACUUUGCUGUCUCAGUGAACAGAAGAGCCUCCGAACAGAUCUGUUCUGCAGCUUAUUUUUAUGCUGUUGCAAAGCUGGAUUGGGGCGGUGAGUGUUCCCAGGUGUGCUGCAGGUGCUGCCCGCCGCCGCCGCUGUGGAGGAUUUAGCUGUAGGUGAGCAUGGACAUUGUUUAACAUGAUUGCAGGUGCCGGAGUUGGGACCUGAACACCCACACACAGGUGAGUGUGUCAGAACAAACUGUUCUGGGUGGAAGGGGGCCCCUGAUGGCGUCCCCUGAGGAACUGCUCUGCAAACCAAAACUAAGCCAACCUCUUUUCUUAAUUAGGUAAUUAUGUACAGUAGUAAUUAUAUCACGCAAUUAGGUGCAGUUAUAUAUAGUGUACUGUAUGAGACAUGGGGAGUAUGAUGGUGGCCACUUUAACACAGGACAUGGAGAAGUUGGCUUUUACCCAAACCUACUUAUUUUACAAAACGCUGUCACUGUCUGGUGGCAGCUCUUCAUUGUUAUUAUUUCAGUUCUCUGAAAUGACUCUUAUGGCCCAGACAAUGUCCCUGACUUGAUUGUCUUAAAACUGCAGGUUCAGUCCUCAUGCCAGCAAGCUGCACGAGGUUGAGUGCUCUCAGAACCACAGCAAACAGCGGACCCAGAGGGCAAAGUCUGAGCGCUUGCUGCAGGCAGGAGUCAUGGCACUUGCUGGGAUCAUCACCAGCAUCCUGCAGUAGGCUGACUUAUGCUCAGAUAACUUGUAAAUUGUGUUUGAGUCUUUAUCCUGCUUGGAUGCUCUAGCACCAGAGGUCAGAGCAGACCUUCAAGUCACCAGAGAGCAGAGCAUGCAGAGCUGGGCGAGUGGUGUGGUCUAGGCUCUGGUGCUCCAGUGUCGUGCUGCUGGAGGGCAGCUGGCUUCUGUGAGGUCCUUCCGCCUGCCCUACAGUCACCCUGCUGGGGCUGGCAGGGUCUUCUGCCAGCACAACACUUGGACCUCUCUGGUAACAGAAAUUACCAAGUUUGGGGCAAGGUCAGGCUGCUGGGUGUGUAAGGAAAAGGUUGGUCUGGGCAGUAUAUAAGGCAGAGUUGAGGUUUAUGAAGAAGCCAAACUAAAAGGAUUUCUUUUUUGUCUUGUCAGCUGGGCAUCAGCCUGAGACCCACCACCUGUGUGCAUUACCAUCAGAGCAGAUGCCAGGCAUGAACACAGGCUGUGAGCUGUAUAUGCAGAGAAAAAGGCUGCUCCCAGCACCUGGGGGCACACGAACCUCAAGCGUGGCCAGAGCCUGGAGUGCAACAUUUGAUGAAAUCAUAGGGAAGCACAUUGAAGAAUUUUGUAAAAAGUACAUGACGAUGGAUGCCCCUGGAGUGCUAGCAAAAUACCCAGACAUCUUUGCUGUGGUGAUAAUCAUCAUUCUAACAGGGCUUUUAAUCUUUGGCGUGAAAGAAUCUGCACUGGUGAACAAAGUGUUCACCUGCAUCAACGUCCUAGUCCUCGGCUUCGUCGUGAUCUCUGGUUUUGUGAAAGGAUCUGUUAAAAACUGGCAUCUGACUGAACAGGACAUUUAUAACACCAGCCACAGCAUUUAUGGAGACAAUCAAACACAGGAAGAAAAGCUCUACGGUGUUGGAGGGUUUAUGCCUUAUGGAUGGAAUGGAGUCCUCUCAGGGGCAGCCACGUGUUUUUAUGCUUUUGUGGGAUUUGACUGUAUUGCUACUACAGGUGAGGAGGUAAAAAACCCUCAGAAGGCCAUUCCUAUUGGCAUCGUGGCAUCUCUGCUCAUCUGCUUUGUAGCUUAUUUUGGUGUGUCGGCUGCCCUGACUCUCAUGAUGCCUUACUACCAGCUGGAUACCAAUAGCCCUUUACCCAAUGCCUUUAAAUAUGUGGGUUGGGAUGGAGCCAAUUAUGCAGUGGCUGUCGGUUCCUUGUGUGCCCUUUCUACAAGUCUCCUUGGCUCCAUGUUUCCGAUGCCUCGAAUAAUUUAUGCUAUGGCAGAAGAUGGACUUCUCUUUAAAUUCUUGGCUAAAGUCGACGAGAAGAGAAAAACUCCGAGAAUUGCAACAAUGACAUCAGGAGCUGUUGCAGCUGUUAUGGCCUUUCUUUUUGACUUGAAAGAUCUUGUGGACCUCAUGUCCAUCGGGACCCUCCUGGCUUACUCCUUGGUAGCAGCCUGUGUGUUGGUACUGAGGUACCAGCCAGAGCAGCCUAAUUUGGCAUACCAAAUGGCUAGGUCAACAGAGGAGACGGAUAACAACGAGUCUGUGAGCACCAGUGAGUCACAGGCUGGAUUUUUACCAGAGGAAGAGGAGAAGUGUUCCUUCAAAGCUAUACUGUUUCCCCCAAAUUCAGACCCUUCCAAAUUAUCUGGCUCAGUGGUGAACAUCUCAACCUUCAUCAUCGGUUUCUUUAUCGUGUGCAGCUGUAUCCUGACUGUCCUUAUAACAAAUAUUGCAAUAUAUGUAUGGAUUAUCGCUGUCAUCCUUGUUCUCAUUGUCAGCUGCAUUAUAUGGAAACAGCCUGAAAGCAAAACUAAACUCUCCUUUAAGGUACCUCUUUUGCCCUUUCUUCCUGUUGUGAGUAUUUUUGUGAAUGUUUACCUCAUGAUGCAGCUAGACGUAGGCACAUGGAUACGGUUUGCAGUCUGGAUGCUCCUGGGCUUUAUCAUCUACUUUGCCUAUGGAAUACGGCAUAGUGUGGAAGCCACCUACGCAGCGUCAGCAGAUGUGGAGAGAAACACAGAUGCUGGCUCAGACAACUGUAAAUGACUGUGUUUGGCUUACAGGCAACUGGUAGCUGCAGUGAAAGAAGCUUUGUGGUGGGCAUCCUGAACCAGAUUGCAUCUGAUCAAUCAGUAAUGCAGGAAUAAGAAAGUCUAACGUGGGCCUCCUCAACCCUUUUGCUGCAGCUUGCGGUUUGUUUAGUAGCACAGUUAAAAGGGAUCACAAGGAAAAAAGCCACAACCCUGGAAUACUCCUGGUGGCACUGUCAGCUCACCUGGGGCUAUGUGCUUCCCUCUCUCCCUCUCCUGUUUUGUUUUUUUUCCCCAGUGUGUAGAAAGAGAACUGCUUCUGUGUGCCAGUUAACCUUAAAUGCUGCUAUGAAACCAAGCCUCACAAAGGUCUUUCAUUCAGUAGCCCUGAGAAUUACCUCCCCAGAGAUGCUCUACCUGAUUAUACAUGGAGCAGAUUUUGCAGUGCUACUGUCAAGCGUAGACCAGAUCCAUACUUCACACUAUGUGACCUGUACCCCACGUGUACGCACAAAAAAAGGCUCUCGCCAAACACUAGAUUUUGCUGGGUUAAGAAAGCACCUGCAAGAUUUCAUUCUUUAAAUUAUUAGGUCUCAUAGUUUUUGUUGUAUUUAACUUUUUUUUUUUUUUUUUUAACUACGUACUGAUAUGCUUUAAAGCACAGCGCUGCUGUGAAAUGUUGGGAAGGUUUGUGGUUGCUGUUUGUCUGGUAAAUGGUCGCUCGCCAGCACACUGGGAACGCCAGCAGAUAUUGCUGCUGCCUGUACACUCCACAGAGGGAUUGCCAGGUUUAGUGAGGAAACUCUGUGGUGCAAAUACUUGAAAGGCUUGAAAGGAAUGGGUGCCUCCAGAAAGCUGUCCUACCUCUUUGCCUCAGAAAUCACCAGUGGUGUGGCUGCAGUGGUGAGGUGGCUGGCAGAAGUGAGUCCAUCUCUGACAGCAAGUGAAGCCCUAUUUUCCUCUCCCCGCAUCAGUUUUGGGUGCUGGCCGCGUAGCAUUAGUAAAGGAGUUGGCCGUGGAAUGCAUUUGGUGUUGGCGGGUGGAAUGGAUUUCUGCCAUGGGAAGGGAAACACAGAAGGAUCCUCAGGGUCAUGAAGUUCACACAUGAGCAGUGCUGGUGUCUGCCCCCUGGCUGCAGAGAGGUGCAGGGGCUUCUCAAGUCCCAGCAGAGCAUGCAGCCCAGAAAACAUCACUAAGCUCUAGGGUCUGACUUGCUGAGGGGAACUUUCCCUUUGGGGCUGGAGAUCAUCUCCAGAGCGUGGCUUUAGUGAAAGGUUGGAAAUUUGGAGUUGAGGCCAUGGGCUGUGUUUGGUUGGCAAUGUCUUUGUUUUGCUGCAAGGUGAAUUUUUUUUUUUUUUUAAUUUUCUAAUAGCUUUCCCCAGCCAAAUUCAUCCACUACCCUAAAAAAGGCUUGUUAAAGCAUCAUGAAGAUGGGCCAUGCCCAUGUAAUGCCACUGAUUUAAAUUCGUGCUUCAACUUGUACUGAAAAACAAAUCAUAGAAUCUUGGCAUGGUUUGGGUUGGAAGGGACCUUUUGAAGAUUAUCUAGUCCAGCCUCCCUUCCAUGGGCAGGGACAUCUUUCACUAGAUGAGAUUGCUCAAAACCUGGACCUCAAAUGCCUCCAGGGAUGGAGCAUCCCAAACAGAUACUGCAGAAAUCCCCUCUCCUGACUGAGUGGAUGCUUUCCUAGGUGUCCUCCAUACUACUGCCUCUGAACACUGGACAAUCUUUAAUCUAUUUGUCAGCAUGGCUCUUGCUGAUGAAGCAACAGGCUCUUAUCCCAGUCAUUCAGUUGGGGAACUGAAGAACAGACCCUUGCAUGACUUGUCCAGGUUCUCACCAGGCAUCUGGUGCAGCAGAAAGGAGAAUCAAACCAUUUCCUGGAUUACACGGCCGGACCGUGGACCAUCUCUCCCAUGUUUCCAAGAAAGACUUUGUAGCCUUUCUGCCCACUGAAGAGUUUUAAUCUUGGCUUCUUUCUAGCACGCUGGGAGGCUCUUGCCAGGAUUGGAGUUUGAGCGAGUGAAGGCAGUGUUUUCAUUGCCUCCCAGGUGCACUUCAGGGUGUAUUUUGAGUGUAGUUUCCCCCGAAAAAUUAAGUUGGGGUCUGCUCCACUCACUGGGUCUUGACCAUCUGCCAAGCCAUUGCACCUUAUGCAUAUACAAAGUCUUACUCAAGCAGGGAGAGAUGAAUAUAGAAAUUAGAAGCCUCUGUGUUGAAGUCUGUUUUGUUUAAACACAGGCAAGGUCAACACACUCCGCAGCCUCCCAAAAGACACUGAAGAUGUGGAGGGAGGCAAGAAGAUGAAAACGCAGAGGGGAGCAAAGUUUUCUAUUGUACUAAAAAUGUCAGGAUGUUUUUCCCUACCUGGUUACCAGCUUCUGAGCAAUUAAAGCAUUAAGCAAAAUGACCAUUUAGGGGUGAAUUCUGACUGGAAGUGUGUUUCCGAAGAAAAUUACUUCAACAUACCAGAUUUCUUUCUGUAUGUAAAUUUUUUUUUAUGUAAGUGUUAACUUAUUUGUGUUGUCUGGUUUUUAUAUUCCAUUACUUUGUUUCAGCUUUUGUGACAUAUAAUAGCAACACAUAGAAGAAGAGAAAGUCCUAAUGGGGACCAUUUUUCUUCAGUUUCUUUUUCUCAGAGAAGGUUCACAGGAAAACCCUUCUAUGUUAACAGAUUUGGUAUUUAAAUGUGCCCUCAUGUGUACCAGCCCCAGAGCCGCAUGCCAUAAAUUUUUUGGUAGAGUUGAGGGCCUUUAGCUCUGUCUCCUGCUGCUCCAUCAUGACUUCUUCAACCCAUCAGUUCCCUGGUGGCGAGUGCUGCUGUUGAUCUUGUUCGUUGUUGCUACUCACCGGAUACAAGGAGGUGGAGGGAAUCUGCAGCCCUGCACAGUGACAGGGAACUGCAGGUGUCUCCCUGGCUCUCUGUAGACCUGCUUCCUCUGUGUCCAGCUGGACCUGGGGGCCUCCUGGCCUCCUCUUCACAUGUCUAGACCCAGGGAGUGGGCUGGUGAGGAGGUGAUGCAUUUGACACAGCUGCAUACUUCUGCCUCAUCCUCUCCUGCCUGCAUCCAUCCACCCCUUGCUUGUACAUUUUUUUAAGCUGAAAGGCAAGUCUGACUGCCUCUUUCCAGGACAAUGUCAAGGACUUUGCUGAAUAGAGGGAUUUUUACUAUUUUAUGGGUUUUUACCAUCUUCUGCCUCCCUGCUGAUGUCUGCAUGUAACAUAGAUCAAACCAAGUAUCUUUGGAGUCAUGCAACUGCUGCUAUAACCUUGCUGUUGUGGAUGAUAUGCUUUCAUUAAUUUGAGCUUUCCUUUGUGAAUAGUUUAAUCAUUAUUUUAUGAUGUGAAUAUUUUGUAGAGAUGCAGAGCGUUUUGUUGCAUGAAGAGUUGGGAGUGGAGAAGCAAUGCCUUUGAUUGGCAAAAAAACAGAUCCUGGCAUGCUUGAUAUUUAGGGACGGGCUCUGACCCAAAAGAGUGAUCUUGUUUUAGCAUAUUUGGUUGCUCCCAGUUCUGCUCACUUGAAGUUUCCUUCUGGGAAAGCUGUUGGAAGGGUCCUACUGACUGCUGGUGUGCGGUGGGCAGAGGUUGGCAGCACUGAAGCUGCAACUCGCGGUUAUAUAGCAAGUCUGAAUAUGUAGCCAGCCAACCCUUCUCAAUGGAAAAUUGCUGUCAAAACAGUUUUCCUUCCCCCCCCCCCCAAAAAAAAAGAAGUUUUUUUGGUUCUAAAGUUACUAGCUUUUGCUUAUUUGCUUACAAUUUUCAUUCUUCUCUCACUGAAAGUCAUUACUGACUGGGUUUCAGCUUCACUUUGCCCUUUUCUCAUCCCUCAGGGUGGAGUUUGAUGCUGCUCUGGGCAGAGAGUGUGUGCGCUAGGAGUCGAAGAGCUCUGCUGCAUGAGGGGGUGUGGGGCUGCCCCCCCUGCCCACCAGUACUGUCUGGGCAUUGUGGGGGCUGGGCUGUGCUGCAAACAGAUUGCUCUGGGUUCAGAGCCAUAUGUGCUUGGUCAUAGCAGGGGGAGAGGGGGCUGGAGGGAAACACACCGGUGGAACUGCUGCUGGUGCUGACACCACACACUGCUGUUUACUGCUGGGGUUUUAGAAGGGUAAAGUUUUAGCUGUGAGUGCCUGCCAUGGAUGCUCGUACUCUUCAUCCAUUCAAGAAAAACAAGCUCCUAUUCGUGGUAUACAGAGAGUACCUGUCACUGCCUGCUGCCUCCAUUCCUACUUACUCAGAGACCAGAAAGUGAUAUGAUAGAAUACUAUAUUUGUAAAAUCUGCUUCUUUAGUGAUUGCAUUUUAUAUACUAAUGAAUUCCAGUGGAAAUUCUUAAAUCCACCCCUGAGGAAAGCCACGUGUAAGUGAACAUCGCUGUCAUCUGCCCAAAUGAACGAAGAGUGACAGGCAGGUCUGGCAGGCGUGAGGGGCUUGCAUUGAUGGGGAGGAGCAGGAAUGAGGCUGGUUUUCAUGCAGCAAGCUCCCCUGAAAUCCCUUUCCUACAUUUAUCUCAACACCCUCCCCUUUCAAAGCAAACCUCUUCACUCUGGCAGAAAAAGCAUCUCUUCCUAAAGCCUUGGAUAAUGUUGCGAUGUCCGCUGGGCUUGACUUUCCAAGCAGGUCUUGUUUCUUCCUUCUCCUUGUGAAAAAAUUGCACUUAUUCAAGGCUAAAUUUGUACGUACACAGUGAACUGAUGCUUUCUCCUCACAGCCACCUCAGCUUUCCAUAGGGCUGCCAGCCUGAUGUGGGAUGCCAACCUGCCUGCAUCCCAAAAGCAAGCAGAAGGCAAGGCUGCCUCCAUGGUACCAUCAGUUGUGCUGCCUGCUGCCACUUGCCUCAUGUUUUAUCAUUCACUUCCCAUUCCAGCAGCAAUCCUUCUGCCAUAACCCCCCUGGGCUGCCUUACGCUCUACCUUACAGUUGCAGCUGAGGUCCCACUGGGAAUCUGACACCCAGCUGGAAAAUAAAUGAUCCUGGAACGUCUCUGCUAGCAAGAGCCAGGCCUCGAUUCUUCUCAGGGUAUUUGCUCUUGGCUCACACUGCAAAACAUGGGGGUCAUCUGAGACCUGGCAAGCUCCGACCAGCAAGAGGCACUUUUUCAUCCCAGUGCUGUGUGGGAGUGGUUUUGACAAAGUGACUCGUACUUUUGGGACAGCAGUGGGAAGCAAAGGGUUCCCUUGCAGCACUUGUGUGUUCCAGCUGUGCUGGGUGCAAGGGGCAGGAGGAGCUGGUAAAGCAAUUUUUCUGACCAAAGCCAUGGAAGAGUGUGUAUUUUUCAAUUAUUAAAAUUACUAAGCAAAAUGUAAAUAUCUUUCUGUUCUCUGA